AUGGCAGGGUGCGGCGGGGGACGACAGGGCACAACAGGGGACAGCAGUGAGCAGCGGGGAACAACGGGGGACGACGGGGGACGGCAGCAAGAGGGGGCGAGUGGUGGCAGCGGAGGAACAGCAGGCGAUGGGGAAUGGCAGCAGACGGCGGUGAGCGGCGGGGGACGGCGGAGAGCAGCGUGGGACGGCAGAGAGCGGCGGGGGAUGCCGGCAGAUGACGGGGGAUACCAGGGGACAACGGGGGACAGCGUCGAGCGGCGGCGAACGACAGGGGACGACGGGGGAUGGCGACAAGUGGGGGCAAGCGGCAACAGCGGGGAAACGGCGGGGAGCGGCGGGGGACGGCGGCGAGCGACGGGGGACAGCGGAAAGUGGCGGGGUACGCCGGCAGAUGACGUGGGAUGCCAGGGGACAACGGGGGACGGCAUCGAGCGGCAGGGGACGACGGGGGACGGUGGCAAGUGGGGGCGAGCGGUGGCAGCAGGGAAACGGCGGGGAGCGGCGGGGAACGGCGGUGAGCAACGGGGGACGACGGAGAGCGGCGGGGAAUGA